AUAUUGAAAUUGUGAAAUUGAAACAUGGUUGGCUUCAUCUUGCUUGGCUAGCUUUUCACUAUGGCUUUUCAUUUGUAAAAAUAGGUUACCGUUUGUGUUCAGUUUUCUGUUUCACACAUGUAAUAUCUUGUGAAAGUAUUGAAAAGUUUUGCGUAGUGUUGUAAGAAAGACACCGUGUAGAAUGUUGUAGCGCAUUUUCUUGAAAUAAGGUAUCGGAAGUCAUAUGCAAUGGAUUUCGGGCACCCUCCUCCGAAUAUGGCAAUGCCACCGCCCGGUAUGGGUAUGGGUAUGGGCAUGGGCAAUCCUAUGGGCCCGCCCGUACGCAACAACAUGCGCCAUAAUUUUAGGCCUUUUAACUACCAGAUGCGGUUCCCUCCUCAGGGUCCACUAAAUAUGACGCAGGAUGAUUUCGAUGGUAAACGCUUACGUAAAUCAGUUAUGCGGAAGACUGUAGAUUAUAACGCUGCUAUUAUAAAGGCUUUAGAAUGUCGUGUUUGGCAACGAGAUUGGCGGGAUAGGCAUGCUUUGCAGCCCGACGCAAUGUAUACCCCUGAUCUAUUACCGCCGCCCUCGUAUCCUGAUAAUCCUAUAAAUGCAGUAACUACUCGUUUUGUAAAGACUGCUACAAAUAAAAUGAGAUGUCCUAUUUUCGCUGUGGCAUGGACGCCAGAAGGACGAAGAUUGAUUACAGGUGCUUCGUCUGGAGAAUUCACUUUGUGGAAUGGUUUAACGUUUAAUUUUGAAACAAUCCUGCAAGCUCAUGAUUCACCAGUGAGGUCUAUGGUUUGGUCACAUGGUGAAGGAUGGAUGGUGACGGGUGAUCACUCUGGGUUUAUUAAGUACUGGCAGAGCAAUAUGAACAAUGUGAAAAUGUAUCAGGCUCACAAGGAAGCAGUUAGGGGAAUAAGUUUUAGCCCUAGUGAUUCAAAAAUUGUUACAUGUUCAGAUGACGGUACAUUAAGAAUAUUUGACUUCUUUAGAUGCCAAGAAGAGAGAAUCUUGAGAGGACAUGGGGCAGAUGUUAAAUGUGUGCAGUGGCAUCCUACAAAAGCUUUGAUUGUCUCGGGUAGUAAAGAUAAUCAACAACCAAUAAAAUUAUGGGACCCUAAAUCAGGCACAGCUAUGUCUACUCUUCAUGCCCACAAAUCAACUGUUAUGGAUCUCAAAUGGAAUGAAAAUGGUAAUUGGCUUAUUACUGCUUCCCGUGACCAUUUGCUGAAAUUGUUUGACAUUCGUAAACUUGGCACUGAGCUACAAAUAUUUAGAGGACAUAAAAAAGAAGCUUCCAGUGUGGUGUGGCAUCCCAAUCAUGAGGGAUUAUUUUGUUCUGGAGGUUCUGAUGGAGCUAUACUAUUUUGGAAUGUUGGCACUGAUAAAGAAGUGGGCUGCAUAGAAGGGGCUCAUGAAUCUAUUGUAUGGACUAUGGCUUGGCAUCCUCUUGGGCAUAUAUUAUGUUCAGGUUCAAAUGACCAUACAUCAAAGUUUUGGACUCGUAAUCGUCCUGGAGAUCUUAUGAGAGACAAGUAUAAUUUGAAUACUUUACCCCCAGGAGUGCAAGAUGAUCAUGAUUUAGAAGAACCUGCUAUUAUUCCUGGAAUGGGCCCUGAAGAUAAAGUAGAGAUAUUUUCUUCUGAUACAGAUAAGGUAAUUCCUGGCUUAGAUCUUGAUACAACAUUUGUUCCCAUGGAAUUUGAAAAGAAGGUGAAGAAAGUUCCUUAUAGCAAGCCUAUUCCUAGAAACUUCCAAGUUCAGUGGAAUCAUGGACCCACAAAUGACGAGGCUGCAACGGAGGCUUUGCAGCAGGCAUUAGUAGAGUCGGUUCCAGGUGCAAUUCCCCUCCAUAUGAUAACGCCUUCUGCUAUCUAUAUUUAUGGCAAGUUAUUAUCUGUAGAGCCUGGCUCAAAACUGGAGAGAGCUAUAACAGACGGGCCCUUAGCUCUCAAGAAGUAUAUUGCAUCUGGAGAAAUUGAAGAAUUAUUUGAUGUUAUGCCUCAUUUAGAAGCAGAUGCUGAUGAUGACAUUUAUCAACCUUUUGAGUACCCAGAACAUGAAACCGAAAAAGAUGCUCAGGAAGGUGAUGAUGAUAUGCAUGAUCAAGGUGAUGAUUACUAUGACAAUGAUAUGGAAAUGAAUCAAGGUGAUGAUGAUGACUACAGCAAUGGGCCCAUGAAUAAUGACAUGAAUAAUAGACCCAUGGGGUCAAUGAAUAACAUGCCAACUAACAUGACGAGGCCACCUCUAUUAGGGAAUAUGGGUCCCAUAGGGCCUAUGGUUCCUCCUUCUAUGCAUGGAAUGGGUCCAAUGCCACCAAUGGGAAUGCCGCCAAUGGGGAACAUGCCCCCUAUGGGCAAUAUGCCACCUCCAAUGGGUAACAUGCCACCUCCAAUGGGUAAUAUGCCACCUUUAAUGGGUAACAUGCCACCUAUGAAUAACAUGCCGCCCAUGAAUAACAUGCCACCAAUGAAUAACAUGCCACCAUUUAAUGACAAUGGUUUUAACAAAGGUAAUUUUGACUCCAGUUUUGAUAAUCAGUACAAUUCCCAGAAUGAUGAGGAUUACAAUGAGGAGGAUAAUUAUGAUCAAAAUCAAGGGUAUGACGACGAUGGUAAUUAUAAUGAUGAUGGUGGUAAUAACGAUGAUAAUUACCAAAGGAAUCAGCGAUGGGACAGGGGGAGAGGAAGAGGUCGGGGGCGCGGUCGCGGGAUGAACGGGCACGGCACACGCAACCGGCGAGGCGGUGGCGGCCAGCGGGGGUCCCCUUGGAGUCGCCGGGGCGGAGGCGGCAACAGGAACUUUCGACGUGGUGGGAAGUCUGUGACCAACUAGUUAAAGGAU